CUCAUAGAAACAGGAACGACGUAACCUAAAAUCUAAAUUUUUAAAUCAACUCAGUUUUGGAAAUAUAUUUAUUCAAUUAAUAAUCAUCAUAAUGGAAAUGGAUCCUGGUGCCAUUCGAAAUUUUAGAGACUUCCUUCAGUUGUAUAACAAAAUGAGUGAGAUAUGCUUUGCAAGGUGUAUUGAUAAUAUGAAUUCAAGGAAACUUAGUGAAGAUGAAAUAACUUGUGUUGAAGACUGUUCCUCAAAGUUUGUAAAGUUUAAUAACAAAUUAAUGCAAAACUUUGUUAAAGCGCAGACAGAAAUAGUUAAUAAACGUGUCGAAGAGGCUGAAAAGCAAAGGCAAUUAGAACCUAAUUCAACACAAUCAGACCAAAAUCACUUAGAAAAUAAUUCUGCAACCUUAUCAAGAGAUAAUCAGUUAUUAGACAGGACAGUACAAAAUAGUGAACACGAUCAAACAGAAAUAGUGAUUUCUAAGUGAAUUAUAACCAUAUUCAUUUAGUGGACUGAGAAGUUGAUAGGUGCUUUUCAUUUGCAUAAAAAUUAUAUUCUUAAUUUUUAAAAAUUUAUUUUUAUCAUCAGUAAU